AUGGCUAGACAUCUUGCUGCUGUUUUCGCCAAGCAAAUUCUUCGUAGAUUUACAAAUAAAGCUUACUCAACAUCUUCAAAUGUGCCGAAAGGGUUCCUAGCAGUUUACAUCGGAGAGAGGAAGAAAACGAGAUUAGUAGUUCCAGUGUCGUAUCUUAACGAGCCUGCAUUUCAAGAUUUGCUAAGCAAAGCAGAAGAGCAGUUUGGUUUUGAUCAUCCAAUGGGCGGUUUGACAAUUCCCUGCAGAGAAGAGACUUUCAUUGAUGUCACUUCUAACUUCUGUAGAUAGUAAGAUCGAGCUGUCGAAUUAAUUUAGUCACACAAAAUAACAUUUUUGUCAUAGAAAAAAACAAGGCAAUGUAAAUACAAAAUACUUCCUUUUAUACAGAAUUUUUUUCCCUUACCAAAUGAUGAAUGUUAUUGCAUUUUGUGAA